GCUGCCCCGUCGCUUCGCACAGGGCUGGAUGGUUGCAUCGGGCAGGGUGGCUCCAGGAUGUUAGGGACUGUGAAGAUGGAAGGGCAUGAGAGCAGCGACUGGAACAGCUACUACGCGGACACACAGGAGGCCUACUCCUCGGUCCCCGUCAGCAACAUGAACUCGGGCCUGGGCUCUAUGAACUCCAUGAACACCUACAUGACCAUGAACACCAUGACCACCAGCGGCAACAUGACCCCAGCUUCGUUCAACAUGUCCUACGCAAACCCGGGCCUGGGCGCCGGCCUGAGUCCGGGCGCGGUGGCUGGCAUGCCAGGAGGCUCCGCGGGCGCCAUGAACAGCAUGACGGCUGCGGGCGUGACGGCCAUGGGGACAACGCUGAGCCCCGGCGGCAUGGGCGCCAUGGGCGCGCAGCCCGCGGCCUCCAUGAACGGCCUGAGCCCCUACGCCGCUGCCAUGAACCCGUGCAUGAGCCCCAUGGCGUACGCGCCGUCCAACCUGGGCCGCAGCCGAGCGAGUGGCGGCGGCGACGCCAAGACUUUCAAGCGCAGCUACCCGCACGCCAAGCCGCCCUACUCGUACAUCUCGCUCAUCACCAUGGCCAUCCAGCAGGCGCCCAGCAAGAUGCUCACGCUAAGCGAGAUCUACCAGUGGAUCAUGGACCUCUUCCCUUAUUACCGGCAGAACCAGCAACGUUGGCAGAACUCCAUCCGGCACUCGCUGUCCUUCAACGACUGCUUCGUCAAAGUGGCGCGAUCCCCGGACAAGCCAGGCAAAGGCUCCUACUGGACGCUGCACCCGGACUCCGGCAACAUGUUUGAGAACGGUUGUUACUUGCGCCGACAGAAGCGCUUCAAGUGUGAGAAGCAGCCAGGGGCCGGGGGCGGAAGCGGGAGCGGAGGCGGCGGCGGCGGCGGCGGCGGCGGCGGCGGCGGCGCCAAGGGCGGCCCGGAGAGCCGCAAGGACCCCUCGAGCGCCGCCAACCCCAGUGCCAAUUCUCCCCUUCAUCGGGGCGUGCACGGUAAGGCGGGCCAGCUAGAGGGCGCGCCGGCCCCCGGGCCGGCUGCCAGCCCCCAGACUCUGGACCACAGCGGGGCGACAGCGACAGGGGGCGCCUCGGAGUUGAAGACUCCAGCCUCCUCGGCGGCGCCCCCGAUCAGCUCUGGGCCAGGGGCACUGGUUUCUGUGCCUCCCUCCCACCCGGCGCAUGGCCUGGCACCCCACGAGUCCCAGCUGCACCUGAAAGGGGACCCCCACUACUCCUUCAACCACCCCUUUUCCAUCAACAACCUCAUGUCCUCCUCGGAGCAGCAGCACAAGCUGGACUUCAAGGCGUACGAGCAGGCACUACAGUACUCGCCCUAUGGCGCUGCGUUGCCCGCCAGCCUGCCGCUCGGCAGCGCCUCGGUGGCCACCAGGAGCCCCAUCGAGCCCUCAGCCCUGGAGCCAGCGUACUACCAAGGUGUGUAUUCCAGACCCGUCCUAAACACUUCCUAGCUCCCUGGGACUGGGGGUUUGUCUGGCAUGGCCAUGCUGGUAGCAAGAGAGAGAGACACACAGAGAGAAAAUCAACAGCAAACCAAACCACACAUAUCGAGCCGACAACAGCAUAAUAAAAUCCCAACUAUUUUUAUUUCAUUUUUUUUGUGUGUGUGUGCACAACCUUUUCCCCAGUGCAAAGGACUGUUACUUUGUUAUUGUAUUCAAAAUGCCUUGUGUAUAUUAUUACAAAGAAAACCCAUCCCAAACCAACAAAAAAUUUUUUCCUGCCAAGUUUAACGAUCCACAAAUGUAUAU